AUGUUAGCAGAAGAAGACAAGAAUGCUGAAGAGAAGUCCCCCUUGGAUGUGCUGAAAAGAGCAACAAUAAAGAAAAGCAAAAAUGAUCUAAUCCAUGCUGAAGAGGGAGAGGAUCACUUCACAGAUGUCUGCUCUGUGGGGUCUCCCUUUGCCCGGGCCAGCCUAAAGAGCGGCAAGAAUGAGAGCUCCUCCUAUUUCCGGCGGAAGGAGAAGAUGUUCCGCUUUUUCAUUCGGCGCAUGGUGAAGGCCCAGAGUUUCUACUGGAUAGUCCUCUGUGUUGUGGCCCUCAACACCAUGUGUGUGGCCAUUGUGCAUUAUGACCAACCAGAAGGUCUCACCACCACCCUUUAUUUUGCUGAAUUUGUCUUCCUGGGUUUGUUCCUCACCGAGAUGUCUUUGAAGAUGUACAGCCUGGGACCAAGGAACUAUUUCCAUUCCUCAUUCAAUUGCUUUGACUUUGGGGUGAUUGUGGGAAGCAUCUUUGAAGUCAUCUGGGCUGUGGUGAAACCUGGGACCUCUUUUGGCAUCAGCGUGCUCAGAGCCCUCCGACUGUUAAGAAUCUUCAAAGUCACCAAGUACUGGAACUCUUUGAGGAACCUGGUGGUCUCCCUGCUGAAUUCGAUGAAAUCCAUCAUUAGCCUGCUGUUCCUCCUCUUCCUCUUUAUUGUCGUGUUUGCCUUGCUGGGGAUGCAGCUCUUUGGCGGGCAGUUUCACUUCAAUGAUGAAACACCAACCACCAACUUUGAUACAUUUCCCACUGCCAUUCUCACUGUGUUUCAGAUUCUGACUGGGGAAGACUGGAAUGCCGUGAUGUAUCAGGGCAUCGAAUCCCAAGGGGGUGUCCACUCUGGGAUGUUCUCUUCGAUCUACUUCAUUGUCCUCACACUCUUCGGUAACUGUAUCCUUGCCCGGCUGGAAUUUGAUUUGCUAAUGGUUGCUUGA